AUUUCUUUUUUUGCUGAGUUUAGCCUGUGUAAUGUUGUUUCCAGGAGAGGUACCUGUGUGCCGUGACUAAAGACACUCUGGGUAACAGUGUCCCCUGCUCCGUUCUCAAACCCUCUGGGGCGGUGGUGACUCAGGAGUGUGUGGAGAGGCUGAUCAGGAAGGACAUGACGGACCCGAUGACCGGAGACAAACUCACAGAGAAGGACAUCAUCCCACUUUAAAAGGAGGGUGGUGCUUGAAAUCAUUGUACUUCCUCUGUUAACCAUGGUUACCUGCAAGGAAACACGUGCCGUUUUUGUAUGAGUGUUAGAGCGUGUGUGAUCAAGCAAGUGAGUCUGUUUGUGUGUUCUUGAGUUUGAAAGAGUAUGUACGCACAGUACGUGCAAGACAUAGCAAAGUACUUCGUUUGUAAGGGUAUUUGAAGACCACCUGAUGUUAAUGCUGAUAAAAUAUUUAAUAUUUUAUUCCUUCCCAGGGUGGAACUGGGUUUGCAGGCUCUGGAGUGGAUCUGAAAGCUAAAGAGGCGCGACCCGUAAUGAUGGUGUGAUGGUUCAGAGACGAUGAUCAACAUGACAAAGUCAACAAAAGCGAGGUCAGAAGAGAGGGAUGAGGGUAUAACGAAAGAGAGGAAGAGGAGGAAGCGAGAAACCUUGUAAGCGGUGGAGAGACUAGAGAAACGCAAGUUUGGAAAACCAUCAGCAUCCUCUCUCUCGAGUAGUAGUUCUGAUCUGUGUUCUGAUUGGAGGAGAGAAGUAAGAGGUCAGAGGUGAAGGGGAAGUGUUAUGUGUGAGAAACUCAGCAUGCUGAAUCUACAGAACACCUCCAGCUGGACUGGGCCUAACAACUGGUACCAUCAACCAACACAACACGAACAAUCUCUGGAUGACGUCAGCGUGCGGAUGGUGGAAGGAGGUGAAGGAGUGCAAAGAGAGAGGGAUGAGGUAGAGGACGCCCAGCAUCACCUCCAGCUGAAGAGAAAGCUCCAGAGGAAUCGUACCAGUUUCACCCAGGAGCAGAUUGAUGCGCUGGAGAAAGAGUUUGAACGGACACAUUACCCAGAUGUCUUUGCCAGAGAGAGAUUGGCAGCUAAAAUUGACCUUCCAGAGGCUCGCAUUCAGGUGUGGUUUUCCAAUCGGCGAGCCAAAUGGAGGAGGGAGGAGAAGUUGCGCAAUCAGAAGAGGUCAGGGGGCGGGACUUCCUGUUCUCAGGCACACGCCCCCCUCAGCACCUCCUUCAACACAGGUGUCUAUCACUCUCACCAUGGCAACAGCUCAGCCUCGAUGCACAGUCGCAGUGACAACUCUCUCUCAGGCUACGGCUCUCUCUCAGUCUUCUCCAAUAUGCAGUCGUUGCCCCCCCAGUCCGCUCCCUCUUACCCCUGCAUGCUACCUCCCUCCCCCUCCUCUCCUCCCCCCCUGCCCCGGAAGUUUGACUCCCUCUCUUACCCCUCUCCUCACCUCCCUCCCCCUCACUCUGCCAGCUCCAACACAGGAUAUCUCUCUCCUGGUGUGUCGGGUAGUGAGCAGGACUUAGGUCAGUACUGGACCAGACUCCAGUGAGAAUAACACAGUUACGGCAUGACACUAGACCACCUCCAAACCUGCCAGUAUCUGAGGAUCCACCUAUUCACUGUGACUGUGACAGACUAAGAUACCCAAACACCCAAUCCGUUACAAUCCAAAGCGAUUACAAUCAGUCAUUCUAAUAAUGACAAAAACUACCAAUAAAAGUAUCAAUGACAUGGAACAGCCAAUGACAAUCAUGGAUGGCCUUGGAACCACCAAUGACAAUCUAGUAUGGGCCUGAAGCAGCCAAUGAAUUGGUACUGGACUACUAAUUACAAUUAAAACUUGAUCUCAGCGCACAAAGCAAUCAAAUGAUGAACUGAAACUGGAUCCCAGCAGACUCCCUCACUCAUUCACUCACUCAAUCCUUUUGAUGUUUUUUCAGAUCAAACAGACAAUCAAGCAUUGAAAUGAAAUCACCAAUCAUAGUCAAGCAUGGAUUUCAUUUAACCAAUGACAGUUGAGCAGGGAUUAAUGUAACCAAUGACCUAGGAGAGUUGAAGACAAUCAAAAACCAAUACUAGUGAAUAAGGAUGUUACUGUGAUGCUAUAUUUUUGUCCUCCUUCUCUCUCCAUUCCUUUCUUUCAAUCUGACUUUUGCAAUCCUACCCCUUUUAAAAAUCCCUUCCUUCACCUGUACAUUUAGCACUGUGUGUGUGUGUGCGUGGGUCCGUGUGUGUAUGUGCAGGCAUGAGUGAGUGUUUGUAUGUGUGUAGUUGCAUUUUGUGUAUGUGUGUGUCUUUAAGCUCCAAAUCAUUUUAGUGUAUUCCCUUUUUGUGAAGCUGUUUGAACCAAGAAUAAAAAUCUAAAUGUGAA